AUGGCUUCAGAAAGCUACUUCCUCGGUGUCGACGUCGGAACCGGCAGUGCUCGGGUUUGUAUUAUUGAUAGUACUGGUGAAAUCAAGGGCGUUGAGUCGAAAGAGAUUCAGACAUGGAACCCCAGAGCAAAUUACUAUGAACAAUCGACAGCAGAUAUCUGGUUCGCAAUCUGCUACUGUAGUCGUCUUGUCCUCCAGAAAUCAGGCGUAGACCCGGAAUUGGUGAAGGGAAUUGGAUUCGAUGCCACCUGCUCGUUGGCUGUCAUGUCUGAGGACACGAACGAGCCAAUUUCUGUGGCUGGCCCGGAUUUCACAGAGACGGCGAGGAAUGUUAUUUUAUGGAUGGACCAUCGUCCCGUCAAAGAAACCGCAAAAAUCAAUGCCACAAAACACAAUCUCCUCCAAUAUGUUGGAGGCUCAAUGUCAAUUGAGAUGGAAAUCCCGAAGGUUCUCUGGCUGAAAAAUAAUAUGCCUAAGGAGCUCUUUGAGAGGUGCAAGUUCUACGAUCUGGCAGAUGUUCUGACACAUCUUGCAACUGGGAAGGAGACCAGAUCUUUUUGCAGUGCCGUGUGUAAGCAAGGCUUUGUCCCUGUUGGCAUUGACGGAAGUGUCAAGGGUUGGCAAGACGACUUUUUGAACGCCAUCGGGUUGCCAGAGCUUUGCGAAGAUAACUUUAGAAGGAUGGGUGGUGUCCAUGGCCAGAAUGGCACAAUGCUAUCCGCCGGAGAGCUAGUGGGAGAAUUGAGCGAGAGCGCUGCAAAAGAACUUGGCCUCAAAGCUGGAACUAAGAUUGGUAGCGGUGUCAUCGAUGCCUACGCAGGAUGGAUCGGAACUGUUGGAGCAAAGGUUAAAAUGAGCGAGGACUUGCUGGACCAAGACCACGCAAAGAGUGAUAUCGAGCAAUGUUUCAAGCGUCUAGCAGCGGUAGCCGGUACAAGCACAUGUCAUUUGGUUAUGUCCAGAGAUCCGGUAUUUGUACCUGGAGUAUGGGGGCCAUACCGCGACGUUCUUCUCCCUGGUUUUUGGAUGGCUGAAGGCGGCCAGUCUUCCACCGGCAGUCUUCUCCACAACGUCCUCACCACUCACGCCUCCCAUGCCAAAGCCCUCGAAGAGGCUAAAAUUGCUGGCACAAACAUUUUCGACUACCUCAACUCCCACCUCGAGGACAUGCGCAAAGCCCAAAAUGCGCCCACAAUUGCCUAUGUUGCCCGUCAUCUCUUCUUUUACGGUGAUAAGCACGGUAACCGUUCGCCAAUUGCUGAUCCUGAGAUGCGUGGUUCCAUUGUUGGGUUGAGUAUGGAUUCCAGCGUCGAUGAUUUGGCGCUACAGUAUUUCGCUGCUAUGGAGUUUAUUGCACAGCAGACUAGGCAUAUCAUUGAAGCACUGAACAACAGUGGACAUUCUAUUACGAGUAUCUUCAUGAGUGGUGGACAAUGCAAGAACAAGCUCCUGAUGCACCUUAUUGCUGAUUCAACUGGUUACCCUGUAUCUAUCCCAAGAUACAUUGAUGCGGCAGUUGUUCUCGGUGCUGCUAUGCUCGGUGCUAAGGCUGCCAGCGUGGACGCUCAAGGAAACACUGCGAACCUGUGGACGAUCAUGGAUAAGAUGAGCAAGCCGGGAACCAUCAUUGAGCCGACCACAAACGAGAAGGAAAAGAAGCUUUUGGAUGCUAAAUAUAAGGUCUUCCUCGAGAUGGCAAAAGCGCAGCAGGCGUACCGGAAGAGUAUCGACGAGGCUGUUGGCGAUUGGUCUGCCUAA